UAAGUGGAGAGUUCCGAAAGGAUGCAGCGCCACCUGUCAACAUUGACAGAAUAUUCUCUUUCCUGAAAAAAAUGUAGCAAGUUUGUUGUCCUAGUGACACUUGACAUGCAUCUUUAUUGGUUUCAAUUGAGGAACAUAAUUUGUUCGGUUAUAUUUUUCCACACAGUUGUAGAUUGCAGAAUGAUCUCAAUAGAAAUCUCCCACCAUGAGACAUUUGCAGCAGAAGAGUUUGAAGAGCAAGAGGUCAUACCAACAUUUGAUGAGCCCGGAGGAGACGGGCUACACGUUGUCAAGGUGGGAAUACCACCCGACAUGUUAACCAACCAAUCCAUGACGUCAUCACUCAACAAUACAACUUCCGAACCCACACAUCAGAAUUAUGACCAAUUUAGCGUGGUCAAAGAAGAAGCUACACUAGACAAGCUUUCCAAAGACCCAGUAAGUGACUCCAUGAUCAAUCAAAAGAAGUCGAAGCUAUUCUUCAUCUUGGCCGGGGGGAACCUUACUACCGUUGCCCCUACCGUUGCCCCGACAACAACAACAACCUCAAAGAUGGAUACCGUGAAAACCAUUCUAGCUAAACGCCGUCGUCGACAUAAAAGACAGGUCGGUCUGGACUUGAACGAUAUUGCCAAUAAAGGCUGGGCCUACCAGCACACCACGCCUGCUGAUAACUCGUCCACUGGUGCAGAAGACGAUAGCUUCCAGGUAAUAUCCGAGGCGGACCGUGAUAACGCUAGGGACGCCCAGACAAAGACUAUUCUGAUCUUCACGGGCUCCGUACUGCUGACUGUGCUGAUGUUUUCUGGUAUCACCUUCUGUUUCCUACGAGACCCCAAGGCCUGUAUCGUCGCUUUUGGGACUGGUUGUCCCUGUCUAUUGGUAGUGAUUCCCUGUGUGAUGAAAUGUCUGGAUAAAUACCUCAAUCCGGCUAAGAUAGUGAAAGAAAACCUCAACAGAUACAUGCCAGGGGUCAUCAUACAUGAAGACGGCACCAUAGAGAAAUACGAUGCUUCACCAGAGGAAAUAGAAUGUAUAACGGAAAUCGUUCAAGAAGUAAUGGGAAUAUAACAGACGAGUGGGUGUUGGACAUCUGUAUAAUUCAGUAGUUGACAUAUUCUGAUAACCGAAAUACGAACUUUUUCAAAACCCGAAAAAAACAAUUACCAGGUAAUAGAAAAUCAGACUGAAAUAUACUUACUUGGAGGUAACAUAUUCUGAUCGACUGUGCUGGACACAAUACUAUGAUGUGUAUAUACUAUGUAAUAGUAUUAUAGUAUACAAAUAUCAUAUUAGUGUGUCCAGCAUCUGUGAUUCUGAUUAGGAAAUACAAAGUAUUAUAGAAAUCAUAAAAGUUAUUUGAAUAUACAUGGAUAUAGAUUUCUUCUUGUAGGUAAUAUAUAUGCUGAGUUCAGAAAUAAAGCAUUUA